CCUCACUCCCUUAACCCACUCCUCCCAGUCCCAGAUCUCCACCUCUCCUCCCACCGCCAUUGCCGACCUCCUCUCUUAGAUCAGCACAUCUCUCUAUCUCGGCCGUCCGUUCGUCCUCCGAUCUGUUUCAAGAUGAGGGAAAUCCUCCACAUCCAGGGCGGCCAGUGCGGUAACCAGAUCGGGGCCAAGUUCUGGGAGGUGGUGUGCACGGAGCACGGCAUCGACGCGACGGGCAGCUACCAUGGGGACUCGGAUCUCCAGCUCGAGCGAGUCAAUGUGUACUAUAACGAGGCGAGUUGCGGCCGGUUCGUGCCCCGAGCGGUGCUGAUGGAUUUGGAGCCCGGGACCAUGGACAGCGUCCGAUCAGGGCCUUAUGGCCAGAUCUUCCGGCCGGACAACUUCGUCUUUGGCCAGUCCGGGGCCGGAAACAACUGGGCCAAGGGUCACUACACCGAGGGCGCCGAGCUCAUCGACGCCGUUCUUGAUGUGGUCCGGAAGGAGGCUGAGAACUGUGAUUGCCUGCAGGGGUUUCAGGUAUGCCAUUCACUGGGAGGUGGAACUGGUUCAGGCAUGGGAACAUUGCUCAUAUCUAAAAUAAGAGAAGAGUAUCCAGACCGCAUGAUGCUCACAUUCUCUGUCUUCCCAUCUCCAAAGGUGUCUGAUACAGUUGUUGAGCCUUAUAAUGCCACACUGUCUGUCCACCAGUUGGUUGAAAAUGCUGAUGAGUGCAUGGUCCUGGAUAAUGAGGCUCUCUAUGACAUCUGCUUUCGUACUCUGAAGCUUACCACCCCAAGUUUUGGUGACCUCAACCACCUUAUCUCUGCUACCAUGAGUGGUGUCACAUGCUGCCUCCGUUUCCCCGGGCAGCUCAACUCUGACCUCAGGAAGCUUGCAGUAAACCUAAUUCCUUUCCCUCGUCUCCACUUCUUCAUGGUGGGUUUUGCUCCCCUCACCUCUCGGGGAUCCCAGCAGUAUCGGGCCCUCACUGUUCCUGAGCUUACCCAGCAAAUGUGGGAUGCCAAGAACAUGAUGUGUGCUGCAGAUCCUCGCCAUGGACGCUACCUUACUGCAUCUGCAAUGUUCCGUGGUAAGAUGAGCACCAAGGAAGUAGAUGAGCAGAUGAUCAAUGUCCAGAACAAGAAUUCGUCUUAUUUUGUGGAGUGGAUACCAAACAAUGUCAAAUCCACAGUGUGUGACAUCCCUCCAACUGGUUUGAAGAUGGCAUCCACGUUCAUUGGAAAUUCAACCUCAAUACAGGAAAUGUUCCGCCGUGUUAGUGAGCAGUUUACUGCCAUGUUCCGCAGGAAGGCUUUCUUGCAUUGGUACACUGGAGAAGGGAUGGAUGAAAUGGAGUUCACUGAGGCAGAGAGCAACAUGAAUGAUUUGGUUUCAGAGUAUCAGCAGUACCAGGAUGCAACGGCUGAUGAGGAAGGUGACUAUGAGGAUGAAGAGGAAGGUGAUUAUCAGGAGGCUUGAUCUCUCUUUUGUACGAGUCAUGGUUUAAUAGGAUACCUUUUUCAUUGAAUGUUCUGUUCAUGUACUUUGGGUUUUGUUGCAAUGUUUGAUCUUUUUAUAAACUGUUGUGAAUGUUUAGCUUAGGAAACUAUAUCUUUUGUUCCUGCAAUUUCCAGUUGCGCCCCUAUUUGUAGGUUUGCUGAAUUUCCUGGUUGAAAAUCAAUUGCUAUUUUGGGGACUUGAAUAGUAGAGUUUACUGGAUAUUUAGGAUCU